UUGUCCGAAUGCUCUCGAGUUUUAACUACGUAUUUCUCUUAUGGUCAGCUGACUAAAAGGUUGCCCCCGAUCAAGGAAGCCAAACCACGCCUACAGAAGCUCUUCAGGGACUUCUGGCUCUACUCGGUGGUCAUGGGCUUUGCUGUGGAAGGAUCAGGUCUGUGGCCGGAAGAGUGGUACGAGGGCGUGUGCGAGAUCGCCACCAAAUCGCCGCUGCUGACGUUCCCGAGCGGCGAGCCUCUCCGCUCCGAGCUGCAGUACAACUCGGCGCUCAAGAACGACACGGUCACGCCGGCGGAGCUGAACGAGCUGCGUAGCACCAUCAUCAAUCUCUUGGACCCGCCACCAGAGGGCGCCGCGCUCAUCAACAAGCUGGACUUCGCCAUGUCCACGUAUCUGCUGUCUGUUUACAGGCUGGAAUACAUGAG